CCUUUGCAUUACAAUAUGGAGAUGCCAGACCUCAACUCUACCUACAAACCGCCACCGAUACAAUGUAAUGGGUUUGACCCACGUGCCUUCCGCUGGGCCUUAACCAUGAGGCUGGCUGUGGAGGAGAUCAACAACAGCAAAGAUUUACUACCUAACCACACACUGGGCUAUAAGAUUUUUGACUCCUGUGCAUACCCUUUAACUGGUCAGCGGGCAGCUUUGGCUGUACUAAAUGGACCCAGUGAAGUCAGUAGCCCACUGUGCUCUGGUUCUGGUCCAUUAAUAGCUGUUAUUGGAGAGUCAGGGUCUGCUCAGUCAAUAGUGGUGUCCAGGAUUCUUCAACCUUUUAGGAUACCAAUGAUCAGCUACUUUUCCUCUUGUGCCUGUCUCAGUGACAGAAGGGAGUUCCCCACCUUUUUCAGAGUAAUUCCCAGUGAUGACUACCAGGUUAAAGCCAUCGCCCAGCUCCUGCAGCACUUCAACUGGACGUGGGUAGGUGUGGUGCGAGGGGACCAUGAGUAUGGCCGCUUUGCCCUGCAGGGCCUCCUGAGAGAGCUGAUGGGCACAGGUGUCUGUGUUGCCUACCAGGAGAUGAUUCCUCUGUUGUAUGACCGGCAGAGAGCCCUCAAAAUCAUUAAUGUCAUGCAGACCUCAAGCGCUCGAGUAGUGGUGGUCUUUUCUGCUGAGGGUGAGCUCACCCCUUUCCUGAGAGACUACAUGGAGCAGAAUGUCACAGGGAUCCAGUGGAUUGCCAGUGAGGCGUGGGUGACUUCCUCUGUUUUCACUGGGAGUGAAUACUACCCUUUCCUGGGGGGCACGAUUGGCUUUGGGAUACGAAAAGGCCAAAUCCCAGAUCUCAGAGAUUACCUGAUGACAGUGGACCCAUGGCAUUACCCCUCUAAUGCCCUUUUGCCACCCUGUACAGGACAUGAGACUCUGCUAGAGCAGCAUUCUGCCUAUAUGAAUACUUCAAGCCCUCGCAUUUCCUACAAUGUGUACAAAGGUGUAUAUGCUAUUGCUCAUUCCAUGCACAACCUCAUGCACUGUAAAUCUGGACAGGGGCCAUUCAAAAAUUCUUCAUGUGCAGACAUCAACAACAUCUAUCCAUGGCAGCUUCAGCACUACCUUCAAGACGUAUCCUUCACCAUAUCAGGAGAAGAAGUAAACUUUGAUGAAAAGGGGGAUUCAAUUCCAUCAUAUGACCUUAUUAACUGGCAGAGAGGCCAUGAAGGGAACAUUGAAUUCAUUAAUGUCGGACUGUUUGACGGUGCAAAGGAAGCUGGGAGAGAGCUGCUCAUAGAGGACAAAAUGAUCAUGCUGGUGUCUGUGUGUAGCGACAGCUGCCCUCCAGGAUCCCGGAAGGCUGUCCGUUCUGGGGAGCCUCUGUGCUGCUUUGACUGUGUACCAUGUGACAGUGGCAAGAUUAGCAAUGAGACAGAUUCAAUAGACUGCAUGUCCUGUCCUGAAGACUUUUGGUCAGAUGCUGAGGGAACUCACUGCAUACCCAAGGUUGUUGAAUUUCUUUCCCACGAUGCAAUGGGAGUGACUUUGACAGUGAUAGCAAUUGUAGGUGCCUGUCUCACAAUUUCUGUUCUAGCAGUAUUCCUCUAUUACAGAAACACUCCCAUUGUCCGUGUGAACAACUCAGAACUGAGUUUUUUCAUCCUAUUGUCUCUCACUCUAUGUUUCCUGUGUGCACUGGUGUUUAUCGGAGAACCUACAGACUGGUCCUGCAUGCUGCGCCACACUGCCUUCAGUAUCACAUUCUCCCUAUGCAUCUCAUGCAUCCUGGGCAAGACCUUAGUGGUCCUUGCUGCUUUCACAGCCACUCGGCCUGGAAACAACAUAAUGAAGUGGCUGGGGCCGAAGCAACAGAGGGUCAUCAUCUUCUCCUGUACUCUGGUUCAGGUGAUAAUCUGUGCUGCCUGGCUCAUUGCUGCUCCCCCUUUUCCCUCGAGAAAUCACGAGUACCAGCAGCCCAAAAUUAUUCUGGAGUGUAGCGUGGGCUCUGAUUUGGCUUUCUGGUGUGUUCUGGGGUAUAUUGGACUUCUGGCCUGUCUGUGUUUUGUGCUGGCCUUCUUGGCCCGGAAGCUCCCUGGAAACUUCAAUGAGGCAAAGUUCAUCACAUUUAGCAUGCUGAUCUUCUGUGCUGUUUGGUUAGCCUUUAUUCCAGCCUAUGUUAGCUCGCCUGGAAAGUUCACCGUAGCUGUGGAGAUUUUCGCCAUUUUGGCAUCCAGUUUUGGUCUAUUAUUGUGCUUAUUUGCUCCAAAGUGUUACAUCAUCUUGGUAAAACCAGAGAAGAACACUAAGCAUCACUUAAUGGGGAAAGAAAAGUAA